ACAUCCCUUGUAGUUAAGGGACUACAAGAAAAUGCAGAAUAUCACUUUAAGGUGACAGCAGAGAACCAGUUUGGAAUAAGCAACUCCCUGAAAUCAGAGACAACUAUUGUACCAAAGACUCCUAUUUGUGUCCCAGAGGCUUCAGGUACUCCACCAGAAAUUAUGGAUGUUACUAAGAAUUCUGCGGCUUUAGCUUGACAAAACCUAAAGAUGAUGGUGGAUCUUGCAUUACUGGUUACUAUAUUGAGUACAAAGAAGUGUCAUCUGAUAAGUGGAUUCGUCAUGAGACAAAGAUCACCUCAACGAUGUACACUCUUAGUCAACUCACUACUGAUUCCGAAUAUCAGUUCCGUGUUAUUGCUGUGAAUGACAUUGGAGCUAGUGAACCAGGACCUGCAUCAGAUUCAGUAAUAUGCAAAGAUCCAUUUGAUAAACCAAGCCAACCUGGAGAAAUUGACACUAUGACUGUUACCAAAGACUAUAUUACAAUUAACUGGGAGGCUCCAGCAUGUGACGGUGGCAAACCAGUCCUUGGCUACUGGAUUGAAUACCGAAAGUCUGGAGAGAGUGCUUGGAAGAAAUGCAAUAAGGAGCGCACAAAGGACAAACAGUACACUCAGGGUGGUUUACAAGAGGCAACUGAAUAUGAAUUCAGAGUAUUUGCAGAAAAUGAAACCGGAAUUAGCAGACCACGCAGAACAGCAACUGGCAUCAAAACUAAACUGGGUGUUGGAAAUAAACCAGCUCUCAGAAAAGAGAUGGAUGAAGUCAGUGCUAAACUGGGACAAACUGCAACUCUCAAAUGUCAAAUUAUUGGAAGACCUGUUCCAGAAAUUAAAUGGUACAAGGGUGGAAAAGAAAUCAAAGAAGGCCGUAAAUAUGCAGCGACCUCUGAUGGCCGCAAUCAUACACUGACCAUUUCAACCGAUCAACAGGAAGAUGAGGGUCUGUAUACAUGCAAGGCUGUGAAUGAAGCUGGAGAGUGUGAGACCAGUGGAUCUCUGGUCCUUGAAGCAGCACCACAGUUCCCAGUGCCACUGAAAGACAAAUUCUUUGCAACAUGUGGUAGUACAGUGCGCAUACAUGUUGUUUACAUUGGUCGACCCCAGCCUAAGAUCAUGUGGCUUUAUGGAGCCAAGGCUUUGGAGCCCUCUGAGAAUGUAAUAUAAUUG